AUGCCACGCAACGUGCAGCGUGCCACGAGCUGCCUGCGGUGCAGGGGGAUCAUAUCCCAGUGCAAUCCCGUAUCUCAUGGGAUGUUGAAACAGCUUGGCAAACUUGCUGAGUUGAAACAAAAGGGUCUGAUUCUUGACCGUCACUUCGAGACAAUCAAAGCACACGUGAAGGUGGGCAACUCCGUUGCUAAGGAGCGAUGGGACGCCAUCGAGAGCGCGUGGGGGCUGAAGCAGAACGGUGUCUUCGACGAAGAAGAGUGGGUCACGCAGAUUGACGGCGAAACGCAGGGUAUUACCAGCAGCACCCGCAUGUCCUCUUCAUCCCAACAAGAUGCCGGCAGCGCGCGAGGUGCUGCACCGCCGUCUCAGCACCCACCUGCUGCUGCAGGUACCGCAAGGAGAAAGGCCGUGGAUCGCGGGAAACAAGUUAGGGAGAGAGCUGCCAAAGGCACUUUAGGCGGCAACAUCUGCAUCGCGUUCGCGAUUGGCAGCCGAGGACCGAUGGACAUAUGGCUCGAGCAGUCGGACAACCUCGAGAGGUGGGAAACCGCGUCGCUGAUAGCUUCUGAUCGGCGCGUCCUGAUCACUCAGUGGAUGGGAGCGGCCAUGGCAAGACUCAACAGCCAGAUGGCGUACAGAUACCGUCUUUUCGAAAAGUGCGGGAUGGCCAUGACCGUGGACGGCUCGGGCGAUGAUCGACUCACCUUGGAGGGUUUGGACAAGCCGUAUACCUUCGCUAACGAUGAAGACAGUAGCGACGACGAACAAGGUUCGGAGAACGGCAACGAUGAGCCUGAGGGGCGGGCGGAGGAGGGCGAUGGAGGACGUGAGACGCUCAUGGAGGGCGUAGACUCAAGCGAUGAAGACAACGGCGACAUCUCUCAACCCCAGACCGACGAGCUAGCUCUUGUGGACGACGACGACAGCAUGGACCCACAAGACCCGGAGGAUGAGAUACAGGGAAUGGAGAUCCCGGCAGGCUUUCGUAUUCAAGAAGCUAAUCCCGUUGCUCUUGACAGAUUGCUUUUGCGGCGUGGAGUGCUCGUUAGGCUGGGCAUGGGGUGGUUUGGAGGGCUGAUCACUCAACAAUCUCAGAAGGACACUCGCCACGUGUACGACUACUGUGUGCAGCUGGAGCUAGACCAGAGUACGCGCAAGAUAAAGUUGCCCUUGGACAAGUACAGUCGAGAUUCGGAUGCGGCUGUAGGCUCCUGGGUUUUGCUUGAGAGCAUAAGUAGAUCAGGAAGGGUACGCAGGACCAACGUCACCCUUGUGGACCAAGAAGGUCGACAGUUGCUGCUCCAUGCCUUGGUUUUUACUUGUAUCGACAGCAGUACUAGUGUUGCUCAUGGUUGACAGCCGACAAUAUAGCAAAUGGU